AUGUUACCUGGAAUGGCGAGCCGAGCCAGCGAUGAUCUCGCGAAUGUUUGGGCUACGCGAAGUCCUUUCGAAGCAUUUUUCGACGAUGAGUGGUUUUUGAAGAUUUUGGGAGACGCGUGUCCGGACAUGGCGGUUUAUCGGCAUGAGGAGGGGAUGGAGAUGGUGCAGGCUUUGGAGGGGAAGUGGGUUCCUAGGAGUCGGAGGGUUGAUGAGGAGAAGGAGAAUUCUAGGGAGGCGUUGCGGCAGAGUUUGGAUGGGUUUUUGAAGGAGAAUAAGGGGUUUGAUAAGGAGGGGUUGAAUCUUGUCAAUGUUGAACGUACGCUUUGGGAUGUGGAUACCAGGGCUGGGUUGCAGGUGAGGGAGUUGAGGAGGAAUUUUGGACAGAUGUUGCGGAUCAAGCCGGGGGUGAGGAGGUUGGCUGCUGUGGUUGUGCAGAAUCUGGAAGCGAGAUAUGGUUUGAAUAUUGAAAUUGAUCCGAGAGAUGCGAUACCGAAUGAUGCGUUUUUUGGGGCGCAUUUGAGGACUGAGGCUGAUGCUAAGGCCGUGGGAUGGGUAGAUGGGGCGAUGAACUUCGAGAACCAGACUGAUUCAUACAUUCGAGAAGCUGUCAAGUCUGGGUUGGGGAUCAUGUACGUCGCUUCAGGAAACGCAACAGAUCUUGAACGCUUUCGACAAAAAGCUGCUAUGCACAAGCCUCCGGUCACGGUCACGUCGAAAUUGGAGUUGUUGCCUGCGAAUGAGGUGGCGAAAUUAAAAGAGAUGAGCUGGGACCAGCAAGCUUUGGUUGAUUACGAGGUGUUGUUGAAGUGUAGUCGUUUCGGUGGGAUUGUGAAGAGUAGUUUUGCUUAUAAUAUUGCUAUGACGAGGAACCAGUGGUUGGAGGAUCAGGGACGAGUCAUCGAUCCUUGGAGAGUGCAGCAUAGUGAGGUUGGCGUGGCGUUUGAUGAUGGGCUGAGUAGGAUUAUUGGACGGGAUGAGUUCCAUGAGCAUAGGAUCCCGAGAGGGAUGUGGCCUUAA